AUGUCUACCGUAUCCAUCAUCGCUCAGAUUGAAACGUGCCUGCAGAAGGCUGAACAGCUGAAGUCAAAGAUUGACAAACUACGUCCCGCAGAUGAGCAAUGGGAUACGCUACUUGACUUGACUUCCCGACUAUCGGAAUGCACGAAAUUCCUCCAAGAGAAAGUACGACUACGAAAGGAAUCCCAUUGCGCCCGGGCACAGAACGAGAAGAAUAAAUAUACAAGCGAUACGGUCACUUCUAGACGAGCACUCUGCAAGAAUGGAACUUUCAAAGCGACAAUCUUUCGAAGAAAUAUCCUUACAAUCUUUGGCGAGACAAAAUUCUCGACACUUGAUUCUUCCAGAAACAGGUUGAGAAAGGAAGCUAUAGUGAGAAAAAUUGAAGCUAUUCGAGGCCUUAAUCCGGACACUAUUGUUACGUGGUCAAUCACCUUUGAACCGAGUCGCUGGACUAGCGAUAAAAUGGCUUUCAAGGUUGUCAAGCUUGUGACAGAGUUUCUUGAAGAGGAAACCCCAUGUGAGUGGCCGCUCGUAGUAGCGGACACGUUGGACAAACUCCAACAAGAAGAAGGCAUUCUGCAAGAAAAUCGAGAAUAUGAUAUAUCUCGCGAAGGUAAGUUCUCUUGUCCCUAUGAGGAACCACGCUUAUCAAACGACUAG